UCUCUCCAUUUUCGUCACGAAGAACAUAACGAAGAAGAACAGGAGGCGUGAGCUUCCGGGUUUCAAAAAUCUUCGUUGCAACCGUAACCAUCAGCACUAGAAGGAGACUAAACAACAUCCGCUUCGAGAUGGGGUCACCCAAAAAAAAGGCACACAGAGCCAGUCUGCAUUCUCCUGGUACGGAAAUGGAACCUCUAAUUCCCCCCGUCAAUGAACGCCUGGGGUACCUUCGUCCCUCCAGGGAACUUUUAGAGUUCUACAGGGAUAAGAUUUCCCAGUUUGACGGCGAACAGGAGCAGCUGCUUCAGAUGUUGGAGAAGUACAAGAGCAUCAUUGAGAACCAGCACAAGCUAGAGGGUGAAGUGCGGCAACGUGAAGGAGAGAUUGCAGAGCUGCAGAAUGCUCUGAGUGACAUGCAGGUGUACCUUUACCAAGAAAGAGAACAGUCUCUGAGGCUUCAUGCAGAAAACGACCGACUAAAGAUCAGAGAGCUGGAGGACAGGAAAAAAAUCCAACACCUUCUUUCACUGGUGGAUCAUGAUGAUGGAGAGAUCACAUACUUCCUACGGGAGCCUCCUCAUAAGGUCACUGUCAAACAGAAGCACCUUGAGUCGACGGAGGAGAAUCUUAAUCUCAGGCCAACAAAGUUGAGACCUGCUGUGACCGGUAAAGCGAGAGCAGAGAUGAGGUUUAAGAGAGCAAAAUUUGCUGAUCCAGGUGCUUGCGAUACUUUGGAAAAAUAUAAGAAUGAGAACCAAACGUUGAUGCUUCAGGUGGAGGCUCUCCAGGCUCAACUAGAGGAACUAACCCGACUAACCAAAGAGCAGGUCCAGUCACUCCAGGAUGACCGACAGAUUAAAGGUGAAGAGGUCCAGGCUGAAAGGCAGAGGGAUGAGCAGCGCAUUGCCGGUUUGACAAACAAGCUCCAGCAAACACAGAACCUACUGUACGAAAGCACCAAAGAUUUUCUACAGCUCAAAUUUGACACAAGGGCUCAGGAGAAGAUAUGGAUGGCGGAGAAGGACCAUCUCUUCGGGGAGCUGGACGCGUGUCACGAGCGUUUAAGGAAAGCCGGAUUUGGUGAUUUUGAAGCUGAGCACCAUCAGCCAACCAGAAGGAGCCCGACUCAGGUCAGCCUGACCCAUUUUGGUACUGCUGCUACUUCUAACGGGGUCAUCCCAAGUUGGACUGCUGCUCCUGCCAGGGGCACCUCAAGUUGGACUGCAGCUCCUAUCGGCGUCACCCAAAGUUGGACUGCAGGUCCUACCGGGGUCACCCCAAGUUGGCCUGCAGAUCCCACCGGGGUCACCCCAAGUUGGCCUGCAGGUCCUACCGGAGUCACCCAAAGUUGGACUGCAGGUCCUACCGGGGUCACCCCAAGUUGGCCUGCAGAUCCCACCGGGGUCACCCCAAGUUGGCCUGCAGGUUCUACCGGAGUCACCCAAAGUUGGACUGCAGGUCCUACCGGGGUCACCCCAAGUUGGACUGCGGGUCCUACCGGGGUAAACCCCAGUCGUGAUGCUGCAGGUCCUAGCAGUGUCAACCCCAGUCGUGUUGCUGCAGGUCCUAGCGGUGUCAACCCCAGUCUAGGUGCUGCAGGCCCUAGUGGUGUCAACCCCAGUCGUGGUGCUGCAGGCCCUAGUGGUGUCAACCCCAGUCGUGGUGCUGCAGGUCCUAGCGGUGUCAACCCCAGUCAUGUUGCUGCAGGUCCUAGCGGUGUCAACCCCAGUCUAGGUGCUGCAGAUCCUAGCGGUGUCAACCCCAGUCAUGUUGCUGCAGGUCCUAGCGGUGUCAACCCCAGUCUAGGUGCUGCAGAUCCUAGCGGUGUCAACCCCAGUCGUGUUGCUGCAGGUCCUAGCGGUGUCAACCCCAGUCGUGUUGCUGCAGGUCCUAGCGGUGUCAACCCCAGUCGUGUUGCUGCAGGUCCUAGCGGUGUCAACCCCAGUCGUGUUGCUGCAGGUCCUAGUGGUUUCAACCCCAGUCGUGGCGCUGCAGGUCCUAGCGGUGUCAACCCCAGUCUAGGUGCUGCAGGCCCUAGCGGUGUCAACCCCAGUCGUGGUGCUGCAGGUCCUAGCGGUGUCAACCCCAGUCGUGGUGCUGCAGGUCCUAGCGGUGUCAACCCCAGUCGUGGUGCUACAGGUCCUACCGGUGUCAACCCCAGUCGUGGAGCUGCAGGUUCUACCGGUGUCAACCCCAGUCGAGGUGCUACAGGUCCUACCCGAGUCACCCAACUUUGGAAUGCUGCUCCUAUCGGGGUCAGCCCCAGUCAAGGUGAUGCGGUGGCUGCUCCUCUUACUUCUGCCACUACCGGGGUCAGCCAAAGUCGUGUUGCUGCUACUACUACUACCAGGAUCAGCUCGAGUCGGGCUCCUACUUCUACUGGGAUCAGUUCCACUCGGUUCCACAUGCAGCCUCAGCCUGACUUAAGUCAGAGACAUAAGGAAGAGAUCAAGUCCGGGCAAGAUCAUUUCAAGGAAGCCCAACGUAUGGCAGAGAUGUACAGAGAACAGUGCAUCGCCUUGGAAACGGAACUGGCCCAAGCCAGGGAGCAGGGGGACGCAGGCAGGGAAAUAUAUAAGGAGCGUGUCAGUAAAACGGCUAAGCGUCUCCAGGCCAUGACUCAGCGUUAUGAGGCACUGGAGAAGAGGAGGAACCUGGAGGUGGAGGGCUUCAAAACAGACCUGAAGCAACUCAGACAUAAACUGAAGGAUGUAGAAAAACAGCUUUUACAGGUAACCCAUAAUAUUGGGCCUAACCAGGACCUAGCUAUUCUCCAAGAGGUCCGGGAGAGCAACAACAGGACAAAGAAGGUCCAGAAUGGGCUGACGGUGUUAAAGGCAAAGAUUUAUGGACUGGAAAAUGAACUGCGAUUUUGCUGAGGAAUAGAUCAACAAUGCUUUUUGUUACACAGAUGCCUUGAAUAAGCUUUGUGAGCUUUACUCCAAUCAACUUUACAGUAUAGUUGUACUAUUGUUUUAUUAGUACUAUAUGCAAUACUUUUGUGCUAAUAAAUGUAUU